AUGAAGUCCCUGCGAUUCCUGGCUGCUGAGGCCUUUUCUUAUAGUGGACCAAGCGCCUUGGAACACCUCGGCUGUGUGUCAUUCAAUCUUUACCCUCAUCUGUUCAAGGCCUGCUACCUCCACGAGCAGGCCCAGCUGCUCCAGGCUCUGGUUCGGACUUGGCCGCUACCUGAACUCAACCUUCAGAAGCUGCUUGGAAAGACCAGUGACUGUCAAGUAGACCUGACCACGCGCACCUGCCGACUUUGUUUGGAAGCUAUUUCAACUGGGUUAAAGGACUACAUGUUGUCCCCUCCAACAACCUACGCCAAAAACCUUCAUGUGGUGGAUCUGACAGGCCUGAAGGAUGUUGAACACCAAACCUGCCUCUGCAGGUCGACACUGGGCAGAUGGGCCAGAACUCGUGUCUUCGCCCAGAUCUGCUAUGAGGUCAUGGUGGCCAUCCAGGCCAGCGACGUGUCCAAGUCAGCGCUUGAAACCUCGGUGGACGUGAGACUCAACGGCUUUGUCACCGGCCGCAACUACGAGCUGGUGGCUCAGGCCUUUCUCAUGCUUCGCUUCUGCCCCCUGAAGCUUCGCUUCGCCAGCUUCAGAGCCGAUUCUUUACCCCUCAAACAGCUGUUUUAUGUUCUCCGACUGGCAGAGCCGGAGUCCAUUCAGAAGCUGGAGGUCGUUCACAAUGUUCCUCUUGAGGCCACACACCUGGAAGUGCUUCUGUCUAGGGUGGACUUCACCAAGCUACAGUCUCUGACCCUGCCGGCCGGGGCCCUGGAUAUCAGGAGGUUGGGACAGGAUGAAGAAAACCUACUGGAAACUAUUGGCAACCUGCUAGCUCAGCUGACCAACCUGAACGAGCUCUGUGUGAGUUUUUCAACACUCACUAGUCACCUGAGGAGACUCCUCAGUCCUCUCCUCACUCCACUUCGUAGCGUAGAGUUGGCCAACUGCAGCUUGAGCCGAGUGGACAUGACCUACAUGUCAAACAGUCUGCACAGUGAGGAACUGGAGCGUCUGGACCUCAGUGGCCACAACAUCUUUGGCACCUUCUCCACCAGCUUCCAAAAACUGCUGAGUCGCUGCUCUGCCUCACUGACCGUUCUGGUCAUUGAAGAAUGUCAAAUUGAAGACGAGCACUUGGAGGCCUUUAUGAAUGCACUGCACUGCUGUCAGGCUCUCGAGGAGCUCAAACUGCUGGGCAACCCUCUGACCUCUCCAGGACUGUGCCACUUAUUCACCAUGCUGAUGGCAUCUUUUCCUAAAUUAAGGUACAUAGAGGUUCCGGUUCCUCGUGACUGUUACCCCGAAGACGUCACAUACCCGCUGGAAGAUUCGGUGUUGCUGCAGUACGACAAGGAGAAGUUUGAAGAGGUCAGAGGUCAGCUGAUGGGGAUGCUGGCGACAGCGGGGAGGGAAGACGUGGAGAUCUGCUCUCCAGUCAUGGGGGCGUACGACCCAGACAUCAAUGAGACUUGCAACGAGCUCAGCGUGUCCAUGUUGACGUCCUUCAACACUGUGAUAGGAAACUUUAUUGGUAAAAUAAGCGACGUGGACGCUCGCAGAUGUCAGGCUCAGAAAGACAACUGA